AAGCCUUAACACACACAUGAGAAGUCACACUGGAGAGAAACUACAUGCAUGCACUCAGUGUGGAAAGAGUUUCACAGAGAAAGGAAACCUUAAGAUACACAUGAGAAUUCACACUGGAGAGAAACCGUAUACAUGCACUCAGUGUGGAAAGAGAUUCUCUCGACUAUCAACUCUCAAUCAGCAUCAGCGCAUUCACUCUGAAGGAAAGACAUUUAACUGUGAUCAGUGUGGUAAAGAUUGUAUUUCAUCAUUAAAACUAAAAAAACACCUGACAGUUCAUUCAGAUGAGAAGCCUUAUGUGUGUUCUCUCUGUGGAAAGAGUUUUUCACUACUGAACCAUUUUAAACAGCACCAGAAAACACACAAUGAAGUGAGAGAUUAUUUGUGUUGUGACUGUGGGAAGAGCUUUACUACAUCUGGUGAAUUGAAACAGCAUGAAAGAAUUCAUACUGGAGAAAGACCUUACAAGUGCUCAUAUUGUGACAAGAGUUUCACUCAGGCUGGAACCCUGAAAUCACACGAGCGAGUUCACACUGGAGAGAAGCCGUACGCCUGUACUCAGUGUGGAAAGAAUUUCAACCAAUCAAGUAAUCUAGUGACUCAUAUUAGAAAGCAUUGUUCUGUGUCAAAGUGAGCAAAUGUUUUGUUAGAUUCACAUAAAGUAAAUGUGUAGUUAGUUAAAGUCCCCGUGAACCGGAAGUUGCAAACGAUUUUUCUCCAGUGCUGUGACGUAUUUCCAAGUUAACGGAA